UUUCUAUGCCUGACGCCCGCACCGUCACCUGUUCUUAGGAAUAGUCGGCUCAACCGUACAGUUUGUUUCUGCUUAGAUUACCAGAGACGUCUGUCAUCUGUGCUUGUAUUCUUUUUAUUUUAAUUUAUUUUUCUUUUGUAAUGUUAUCAUUUGUAUUUAUUCCUGGAAAAUGACGAUCAAAAAUUUCUCAAUUGAAUAUGACGCCAUCAACAGCCAAAACAUCUUCACAAACGGAGACACAAUCAAUGGAAGGAUCGUCAUGGAGGUCUCAAAAGAAACACCGAUCCAAUCGCUAACCUUUAUCGGAAAAGGGAGCGCAAAGGUUCGCUGGGUUGAACAUCACGGGAAACGCAAUCGUUACUACUGGUCUGAUGAGAAAUAUUAUGACAUCAAACAACAUAUCUUGAGAGCGGGUACUGACUUCAUUGCCCAAGGAAGACAUGUGUUCCCCUUUUCCUUCAAAGUCCCUAACGGUAAAAUGCCAUCGUCGUUCAAGACCUCGACUGGUAGAAUCGUUCAUAAACUUAAAGCGGAGCUUAAACAAUCAAUGAAGUUGACAAAAACAGCAAAGGCCCACUUCACAUUUGUCUCCAAAGCAGAUAUGGAUAUAGCUGGACUUAUGGAACCUCAGCAUGAUUGCACUGAUAAAAAACUCGCAGUGUUUGGUUCUGGAACCAUUGCAAUGGAUGUUUACACCAAGAAAAUGGGAUACCAACCAGGUGAAACUCUGCAAGUCAAAGUUGAAAUUCAUAACCAUUCAUCCCGUGACUUAAAGCCCAAAUUUGAAUUGUACGAAAAGCAAAGUUUCUUUGCUCAAGGUCACAGAAGAGUUCACACACAGGUUAUUGUGAAGGAUAAACUUGAGAGUAUUAAUGCCCGUAGCAAAGAGAUAAUGGAGAAGAUGAUCACACUCCCCAGGAAUGUGCCUCCCUCCAUUCUGAACUCCUCCAUCAUCAAGCUGGAAUACAGGCUGAAGAUCUAUCUGGAUGUCAAAUAUGCAACAGACCCGGAAAUCAAACUUCCAAUAGUUGUCCUACCUGCCUUUGAGACUCCAGCAAGAAAUCAACAUCCAGGUGCUGCUGCCUAUGGAUUUGAGGAUUUCGGGGGUUUAAACCAACAGAGCUGGAACCAAGCACCCCAACCUUCGGAUCUCCCUCCACCAUAUGGAGCACACACUGUGUAUCCCCCCUUGAGUAAUUCUGACAAAUAUGGAAGUUUUCUAUAAAUCACAGAAAGAAAUAAUAUCCUGUAGAGAGAUGGAAAUAAAUCAAACAUCUCAAAUAAAAUGGAAAAAAACCCGCAUAAAUGUUUUUGUUGUUGUUCAAAAAUUGCCAUCAAACUAAUUCCAGGUGAUUAUAAUGCUAUAUCUGUACUAAGUUUUGAUUUAUUUUUAUUUUUUACAUUUUUAUGUCAUGAUUGUAAGUUGCUACCUCCCCCAGGUCAUUACCGUAUAUUUCUACAUUUGGUUUUGCAUGUUUUAUCCGCUUUUCGGAAAUAUGCUAUAUGACAGAAUGACUGAUCCAUCAAUGGUGCAUGUGAAACCAGCAGUUCUUAUGUAAGAUCCUUUUACUGUCGCGGGAUCCAAACAAAAUCAAAACAAGAAUAAUAAAUAGAACCGCACACUCAAUAAAUCCAAUCCAUUUCUUCAUCAGGAAAUUCAAAGGAGCACACGGCUCAAAAAUUAAUUUUCCAGCAUUCGAUGAGUCAAUUAAGAAUGAAAGUGCAAAUACCAAUGGCAUCUGAUUCCGAAAAAA